AUGCAGAAUGGAAAGAAUCAGCCUCGUUCAAAUACGCCUGUGAAGGAUCACCGUACUGCGACAGAGUACAGGCUCUCGAUAUCGAGCAACCCGGGUUCGAGACGAUCGUCAUUAGGUACUGCCAACAAUAACGAUGGUUCAGAGCCGGACGGGGUCGUGAACACAUACCUUCUGCCGCAAAUUCGGGAAUUAUCAGAUGCCAUGAUUACUCUGGAUAGCAACUUUACGCAGAUGAACUUUAUACACGAGAGUCUAGUUGACCUAAAUGAAUCUAUAAGCGCGCUUCUGUACGGCUUGAUGUGCAAUUCGUGGUGUGUGGACUUUCCAAACAUGCCGCACGACACCGCUGCUGAGAUCAAGCUCAUGCAGAAUCUGGGUGCCCUGGAGGAAGAAAGAAAAAGACUUACAGCUUUGGUUGAAGGGCAAGAAACAAACCAUGAGCCUAAGGAGGCUCACAAAGGCAGCUCUGCUCCAACCUUGAAACCUCCUAACGCCUCUUUCGGCCUGCGGGCUUCACCACAGAGGAAUUGGGAUACCCCUGUUGUUGCUGACGGUGGUGUCGACUUCAACGAAGAUGACAAUACGGACGCUUCAUUUGUUUCAAACCCUGUGGCCGACAAUCUGCCACCCUCAGCGCCCUUGGCCAUAGCUGAACGUUCGCGUCGGAUGCGUCGUAAGUCAAUUCUUCACACGAUGCGCAGCAGCGUGGCAGGUACCCACGAGAUCACAGACCCUGGAAAACGCAGGUCAUUAGCCGUGAGUGCCUCGCGCAUUGUAAAGCCACCUUCACGUCAGGCUAUUACUGGGCCUGCUAGGAAUGCUGCUCUGCAUGAUCACAAGAAAUUUCCUUCCCCGCAAUGGCCUAGAAGUAAAGAAAGGCCCCCUUUCCGGUAG